AUGACACGAGACCUUGUAUUGGUUGUAUUGUUUAUAAGCUCAGUUUUAGGUAAAGGGAGUGUUAAAGGUGAAAAUAACAGAACUUUACGUUCGCAGGAGGAUGAAUGGGUAAUAAAGGAGAUUGACGAUACAAGCAAUCUCUCAAAAAUUAUUUACCAUGUCAUUUCAAACCAAGAAGAACACGCUAUGCUGGACAUCGAGUCUCAAUUGACCAAUACCAGCGACAACAUCGCCAUGGAAAUUCAAUGUCAGGGGAAUUCCUCCCUUUUUCUCCCUGUUCCAAUCGUUUCCUCGAAAAUUAAAGAGCUCCACGUCACCGGCUGCCGAGUUACCGGUACAGAUAGAUUCAGCAAUUUCUCUGGAGGAACAGAAAACGUCUUGCGUCAUUUGGUAUUCACCGAUAUCACAUUCGAAUUAAGUCAAUACCAAGCGUAUUUGCAUCUCAUGCACUGGGAGAGGUACAAGCCAUUGUUUCCCUAUGGAAUGUCCAUUAUUCCAACCUCACUGAAUACUUUCAAAGAAACAAAUGUUAGCUACGUUUAUCUUGAAGCGGAUUUUCAACAGGAACACGUAUACCUUGACAAAGUUGUCGAAUAUAGAGAGCACCUCAGAGCCUAUCAGCUGGACUAUCAACUAAUCUACGUGGAAAUGUCUAAUUCACAAGGAAAAGAUACAGACAAUGUCAUUGACGUGCAUUACGAUAACAUAAAUGACUUUCUACGCAUUGGAAGAUUCCCAUUACUGCAAGUGAUGAAUUUCUCCGGAAUGGGACUGAAACAUCUCCCUGAUGCCAUCAGAAGGUCUAACUGGUGGUGGACAAAGUUUCCAUCACUCAUACACGUGGACCUCUCCUACAACCACUUUGAACGAAUUCCAUUCAUCACAUAUACAGCAUCAUUAAUGACAAUUUCACUGAAUUUAAGAGACAACGACAUCGCCAUCUUUUCGGACAGAGAUUUUCUGAGAUCGUAUCCGUUAGAGAUUGACCUAUUCAAUAAUAAAUUUGAUUGCUACUGUUCUCGGUAUCUUAAAGAAAUGAUAACUUCUACGAAAACCUUUCACUUGAAAUUCAAGAAACGCUACCGUUACUUGGAAAACAUAACUUGUUACCAUCCAGAGAAAUUUAGAGGCUUGAAAAUAACUGAUUUUGAUGUUUCAAAUCUAUGUGGAAUUGCGGAAACGUCUAUUUCGUGCGACAAUAUUUAUUUGCAAAUAAUAAUUCUGAUGUCUGUGGUCAUAUUCAUCCUUCUCAUCAUGUUCGUGAUUUUCAAAUACAGAAAAGAAUUGGAAAUUCUUUCGUACACAAGACUGCGAAUAAAAUUUCGGAAACCAAUACCACCGGAGAGUUACCUAGUGAAGGAGUAUGACGCCUUCUUGUCCUACAGUCACCACGACGAGUGGUGGGUGAAGCGUCGUCUAAUUCCCCGCCUCACGGGGGCUCCACCAAACCUGCGACUCUGUCUUCAUGAACGCGAUUUCAAAUUGGGGGCUUUCAUUUCCGACAACAUAAUUGAAAGUAUUGACAAUAGCAGACACACAAUUAUGAUUAUAUCCGAGGGUUUCCUUGCCAGUAAAUGGUGUGCUCUGGAAUUUAAAACGGCCUUUCACCAGAAUUUACAAGAGAAAAACGGACAUUUAAUUGCCGUGUUGAUGAAUAACAUAGAUUACAGCCUUCUCGAUAAUGACAUGAAACAUUAUCUAGAAACGCAUACAUUUUUAAAGCAGAACGAACUCUUAUUUUGGGAUAAAUUAAUCUAUGCUUUAAAUAUCCGUAAAGACAACGUUUAG